UGUCUCCUUUCUACAUCUGGAAAUCGUUGUUGUCCUCUCCAGUCUUCCAUUGAAAAUUCUUAACCAAAAAUAAUAAUAAAAAAAAUCCCUUUUGUUUGAAUUUCCCAAUGGAAAUCGAUCCCCUUCCAAAUGGCACCGGUUCCACCGCCGCCACAACAACCACCGAAACCACCGUCACGGCAACCUUACCCACCGCCACAUCAAACACGACGCCGUCAUCCAAGCUGAGCCAGCUGACGGAAUCGUUGAAAUUGGAGCACCAAUUCUUGCGUGUUCCCUUCGAACAUUACAAGAAGACGAUCCGAGCGAAUCACCGGACGGCCGAGAAAGAAGUCUCCGCCGUCAUUUCAAGCGUUGCUGACGUAGCUGAUAGUAACGAAAUCUCCAAAGACGACGCUGUUUUGAGUCUUACUUCCCUUGUUUCCCGUUUGCAAGGCCUCAAGCGCAAGUUGGAAGAGGGGAGUCGAACAGAGAACUUGCAGGUGCAGAACUGUCGUGCUCGUCUUGAUCACUUAGAAUCCGUGGAUGCUGAGAACCUGUCAGAAUGGAAUAACGUGCGAUUCAAGCGUAUCCUUGUGGACUACAUGUUGCGUAUGUCAUAUUAUGACACAGCAAGGAAGCUUGCUGAAAGUAGCAAAAUAGAGGAACUUGUCGAUCUUGAAGUUUUCCAAGAAGCUAAGAAAGUUGUUGAUGCCCUUAAAAAUCAGGAGGUGGGUCCUGCUCUUGCCUGGUGUGCAGAAAACAAAUCACGGUUGAAGAAGUCCAAGAGCAAAUUUGAAUUCCAGUUGAGACUUCAGGAGUUCAUUGAGUUGGUACGAGCUGAAAACUACAUGCGUGCUAUUUUGUAUGCUCGAAGGUACCUUGCACCAUGGGGAGCUACUCAUUUGAAAGAAUUGCAGCUAGUCAUGACAACAUUGGCCUUUAGAAGUAAUACUGAAUGUACAAAGUACAAGGUUUUGUUUGAACCUAAGCAGUGGGACUUCCUGGUGGAUCAGUUUAAACAGGAGUUCUACAAGUUGCACGGCAUGACCCUGGAGCCAUUGCUGAAUAUUUAUCUUCAAGCAGGCCUGUCUGCAUUGAAAACUCCAUGCUGUUUUGAAGAUGGCUGCACCAAGGAGGACCCACUGUCACAGGAAAACUUCCGGAAGUUAGCGAUGCCAUUGCCCUACUCGAAGCAGCAUCAUUCAAAGCUUGUUUGCUACAUAACCAAAGAGCUAAUGGAUACAGAGAACCCACCUCAAGUCCUACCUAACGGCUAUGUCUACAGCACUAAGGCUCUCAAAGAAAUGGCCGAGAAAAACAAUGGUAAAAUUACAUGUCCGAGGACUGGUCUGGUCUGCAAUUAUUCUGACCUGGUUAAGGCCUAUAUCUCAUAAAACUACACCAUCAACACUGCAAAGGUGAAAAAGAAAAAAACUCUUCCUGGACUGUUUCCUCUUAAUGUUAGUGGUAAAUUUUAUGCAUCAUCUGUAGAUAUAUUUCUCUUCUGCUUUCGAAAUUUUUGGAACUUCUCAUUGUAAUCUUAUUGCACCUUUAGCUUGUUCACCUCAUGUAAAUAAUGCAUCCCUUUUUUUUUUCUAUUUAAUUUUCUGGUAAUUGUUAUCA